AUGAGAACCUCCGAUCCGCUGACUAAAGAUCUCAACAUGUUCGUAGCAGCACUCUUUCUGCCGGUUGUAGCCGGGAAGCUCUUUAUGGAAAGCAGCCUUCAUAGCUUUCCGAAAAUAACUGAAAGAAGCGGAUAUGUAAAAACCUGCAAUAUGAGCAAACCUGGCAACCGAACAGUGAGCUGUGCCCAGUUAAAAAUGGAAGGAAAUAACGAGACCGGUGAUUAUUUUAUAUCUCCUUACACAAAUUUCUCUGUGAGGUGUGACAUGGACACCAAUGGUGGCGGAUGGACAGUGAUCCAACGUCGGUCCUGGGACGAACUUGAGGGCAAUGGCUUCGAGAAAUCUGAAAAAGACUAUGAAGAAGGAUUUCGCGGAGGCGCGUCUUCAUACUGGAUAGGGCUCAACAAUAUUCAUGCCCUCACGACCCAUCCAAAUAGCGAUCAAGUUCUCAGGAUUGAACUGACAUCACUAAAGGACGAAACAAUUAUUGUGCAGUAUGGUAAAUUUAAAGUCGGUCCCAAAAAAGACGGCUACCGACUAACCAUCGGCGAUUACAGGAGCCCUAAUGCGCUGGAUUAA